AUGACAGCACUUUUGCUUCUCAUUGGCGGUAUCAGCACCAUCGGCAACCAAGCCUCACUCACGGCAACGGUCGCUUGCAUGGUCAUUUGGGGAUACUUGUAUCAAGCAACUUUGGGUGCGGUUGCGUACUCUGUCGGAGGAGAAACUGCCAGCAUCAACAUCAUGUGCUCGACCGCGGCGUCCUGCUUAGUAUUGCAGGUGAUGCCCUACCUGCUGAAUACAGACCAGGCCAACUUGGGCGGUAAGAUUUGCUUCAUCUUCUUCGGCCUGUCGUUGCCCAUGUGCGCAUGGCUUUAUCUCUACUUCCCCGAGAUGAAGGGUCGUAACUACGCCGAGAUUCAAGAAAUGUUUAGCAAUCGCGUGCCGGCUCGCAAGUUCAACUCUUAUGUUUGUGAGGUCAGCUCUGGGGGCCGAGAGGAGAAGAAACUUCAGGACGAAGCAUGA